AUGCUCCCUCUCCUCGUCCUCCUCACCGGACCUGCAGCUGCCCCUACGGUGUCAGCUGCCUCCCUCUUCGGCAUCGCCGACUACACCAAGCUGCUCCCCUACAACCCCGACAUCGCGGACCCGAACUACAUCGUCACCGGGUACCGCGUCAUCGUCCCGUUUCCUUGCUCCUGCCUCGGGCUCCCCGCUGACCCAGCCUCCACCUUCCUCGCUGGGUCGUUCCCCUACACGCUCUCCGGCGGCGGCGAGACGUACGGCGACGUUGCCUCGGAAUUCGCCAACCUCACCACCGCCUCGUGGCUGGCGGCCACCAACGCGGAACCGGCGGGUAAGCUGCCCGCCGCUGGGAAGAUCAAUGUCACCGUGAACUGCUCCUGCGGCGACAGGAGUGUGUCGCGGCGGUACGGGCUGUUCCUCACCUAUCCGCUCUGGGAAGGGGAAACGUUCUCCUCGGUGGCGGAGCACUACGGGUUCUCGUCUCGUGCGCAGUUGGAGCUGCUCAGGAGGUUUAAUCCUGGUAUGGACGGGGCCUCCGGGAAGGGGAUCGUGUUUAUCCCAGUGAAAGGCAAGGCUUCACAAGCUGACGGCAUGAAGGUUGACAGAUCCAUUGAGUUCUCAUAUGAAGAGCUUUCCGAUGCUACAAACAACUUUAGUAUGGAGCAUAAAAUUGGGCAAGGUGGUUUUGGCUCUGUUUAUUAUGCUGAGCUUAGAGGCGAGAAAGCUGCCAUAAAGAAAAUGGAUACAAAGGCAUCUCAAGAAUUCCUUGCUGAACUGAAGGUUUUGACACGCGUCCAUCACUCGAAUCUGGUGCGCUUGAUUGGUUAUUGUGUUGAGAGUUGCUUGUUCCUUGUUUAUGAAUUUAUUGAGAAUGGAAACCUGAGCCAGCAUCUGCAUGGGACUGGUUAUGAACCUCUCUCAUGGACCAGUAGAGUGCAAAUCGCCCUUGAUUCAGCAAGGGGUCUAGAGUAUAUUCAUGAGCACACUGUUCCAGUGUAUGCUCGAUAUGGUGAGGUUUCUCCUAAGGUGGAUGUCUACGCUUUUGAUAUAGUCCUGUAUGAACUUCUUUCAGCCAAAGAAGCUAUUGUGAGAUCAACAGAAUUCACUGAUGCACAAGGCCUGGCUUAUCUGUUUGAGGAGGAGGCUCUCAGCAUGCCAAACCCCAAGGAAGCUCUUCAGGAACUGAUUGAUCCAAGGCUAGGAGGUGACUAUCCCAUUGACUCGGUUGUGAAGAUCGCGUACCUUGCAAAGUCAUGCACGCAUGAAGAGCCCAGGAUGAGGCCUACCAUGAGAUCUGUAGUGGUUGCUCUCAUGGCGCUUUCAUCCAAGGACCAUGAGCUAACUCGGGGACAGGAUUAG